AUUUGUUAGAAAAAAAAGGUCACAACCUCCUAAAUGAUAUUGUUGGAAAAUGCACAGAAGUGGAUGUCUGUUGGUGUGUGUCUCGAUGGUAUCAGCUCCAAAUCCCUAACCUGCGCGCGUCUGUCAAACAUCCCUUACUACCCAGCAGCAGGGACCAUCCGCAAAGAGGCACCCAGACUGUAUUUUUGAAGACAGCCGCAAAGGCAGAUUGCAAAACUUUUCCGGGUUCUGGUCCGCAAAUCGGUGUUUUUUUUUGUUGUUGCGUGGUGUGUGAGAGCAUGUUUCGAUUUGAUGGCAGAGGCAGCGAAGGAUUCGGAACCGAAUCGGCCUUUGGUUUGCAAUCAGUGUAAGCAGAUGGAGCAGGCCGUUGGGAACCGGAGGCUCGAUUUCUCGGUGGCAGCGGUGCUGCCUGCGGGUGGUUCCGGGGAGAGAAUGGGAACGGCGACUCCGAAGCAAUUCUGCGAAGUCCUGCAGAGGCCACUUAUCAGUAUCACACUGGAAACAUUCGAGAGAGUUCACUGGAUAAAAGACAUUGUCGUGGUGGUGUCAAAGCAGAACUUUGAAUUGAUGAAUUUGAUUAUAGAGCGUUAUGGGCACUCAAGAACAACAGUUGUUGAGGGUGCACUCACACGUCACAAGUCCAUUUUCAAUGGGCUAAAAGCAUUUGUGGAAAAUCAACCUGGUAGAUCUUGGCUGCAGAAACCUGAAGUGGUGAUUAUCCAUGAUGCAGUGAGACCUUUCGUCGAGGAAAAUAUGUUAUUCCGCGUGGCCGCAGCUGCGAAGGAAUGUGGGGCUGCAGGAGCUAUCAGACCACUUGUUUCCACUGUCGUUGCAACCAACCCAGAAAGCUAUCUUGAUCGUUCAUUGGAACGUGCCAAAUAUAGGGCAAGUGAAAUGCCUCAAGCCUUCACAUUUGAUAUCAUUUACAGAGCUUAUCAACAGUGUACAGAUUAUGAUUUUGAGUAUGGGACAGAAUGUCUCCAUUUAUCUCUGAAGUAUUGUGGCACCUCGGCCAAGCUCAUUGAUGGGCCGCCAGAUCUCUGGAAGGUAACUUACAAGCGAGACCUCUAUGCAGCUGAAUCGAUUAUCAAGGAAAGUCUUUCUAAGAGUGUCUGUAUCUUAACUGGAAUGCAAGAAGAACCAGAGCGAUUGGGCUGUUUGCUGCAAGAGGCCUUACGAAAGCUGGUGGAGGUAGAUGUCCUGAACUGGUCAGAGAAUAAAGAGAGCCACAGUAUUCAGACCAUCUCCUCAGGCCUGCAUUAUAAUUUUGUUUGCAUAAAUGUCAACAAUUUUGAAUUAUCUCAGGAAAUUGUGCAACUGGUGGAGUCGAUUGAAAGUACAAAGCUUUCAGCCUUGUAUCCUGUGGUUCUGACUGUGGUGCAUCUGAACAACUUGGAAAUGUCAUCUCCCUGUGUUCAAAUGGAAGAUUUCAUCAACGUCAAAGAACUGGCAAAGGAAGCAAAGAGAAAAAAUAUCUUAAUUUAUAGGCUGCUGUUGAACUAUACCCAGGAUAUGGAUAAAAUUCAAGAAUCUGUGAAAGAGGCUGCUUCAAUCGUCAACUCGUUAAUAAAGCAGAGGAGUCCUGCCCUAAUUGGACAGUUCCUUGUGGUCUGACUGCAGUUAGUAACUGGAUGUCUCCAGGCACAGAUGUUGUGAUGUUUGAAUGCUGGCUGAAUGAAUAUACUGCCCUCUAAUGAUGGCUAUGAAAAACUGCAAGUAUCUUAUCAUCAUGCUUUUAAAAGGGAAGAUGAACUCAAAUUGAACAUGUCAACAUUUCCCUCAAAACUCGUACCCUGGAGUUACUAAGGUCACCCCAGUGCUAAAUCUACUUUAACUGUUAUUGUCCGUUUUGUUCUUUCAGAAAGUUUCAGCACUGAUGGGGAGAAUCAGUUGUGAUUCUACAGUCCCAAUUCCAGUACUAAAUUAUCCCAACUUUAUUACAAAAGAAAUUCUGUUCCACAUCAUCAGGGAAUGGCCUUUUGCCUACCAGCUAUUUAAAAUAACUUGGAAUACAGCCAAACUGUACCCUUAUAUUAAUGCAAUGCAAAAACCUGAGGAGAGUCUCAUUCAGGAGCUCUAUCAUUUUGAUUUGAAAUAUUGCAUUUUGUUUGUAACUCAUUGUCUGGUAACUAUUCCUUCACAUGAUUACAGUGAGGUAUUUUAAAAAUGCUUACCAGGAGC